AUGUUUACACUGCAGAAUGAUAUUUGUGAUGAUUAUGCACGGUGCGGCCCUAAUGGAGUUUGUAAGAUUAAUCAAAGGCCAAUCUGUGAAUGCUUGGAAGGAUUCGUUCCAAGAUCGGAACGCGAGUGGCGAGUACUCAUUUGGACAGGUGGAUGUGUAAGGAGCACUCCAUUAGACUGCCGGAAGAGACAGGGAUUCCUGCAAAUAGAGAAUAUGAAAUUGCCAGACCUAUUGGAUUUCAAGUUAGACGAAAGGUUGAACCUUGAGGAUUGCAGGGCCGAGUGCUUGAAGAAUUGCUCGUGUACAGCAUAUUCUAAAUCGAAUCACAACGGAAGUGGAUGUUUAAUGUGGUUCGGAGAACUGAUAGAUAUCCGAGAGUUCGUUGCAGAACAAUUAGAGCAAAAUAUCUGUCCGGUUGCCUGCUUUAGAAGGACAGAUGAUUCAAGUUGGAGAAGUAGAAGAAUAUUGAUUAUAAUGAUCACAUCAAUGGUCGGUGGGCUGCUUGCUUUACUUUUGGCAUGCUGGUUCAUUGUUUGGAAGUAUAUGAGCAAAAGAGAAGAAUUGCAUUCGAACAAAGAAGAUCCGGAGUUGCCGUUAUUCGAUUUUGUUACGAUUGCAUCCGUAACCAAUAACUUUUCCGACUCGAAUAAAAUAGGAACAGGCGGUUUCGGACUUGUUUACAAGGGUGAACUAUUUGAGGGACAAGAAAUAACAGUAAAGAGGCUCUCUAGCAAUUCCCGGCAACUUGGUGUUGAACAGUUCAAGAACGAAAUUGCAAGGAUAUCUAAGCUUCAACACAGAAAUCUUGUUAGGCUUUUGGGCUGUUGCAUUAAGAGAGAUGAAAGGAUAUUUAUCUACGAGUUUAUGCCUAACAGAAGCUUGAAUUACUUCAUUUUCGAUGAAACCAGAAGAAAGGUGUUGAAAUGGCCGAAGCUUUUCAAAAUCAUAAUGGGAAUUUCAAGAGGGCUUCUUUACCUCCACCAAGAUUCGAGAUUGAGAAUCAUUCACAGGGAUUUGAAAGCCAGUAAUGUGUUGCUGGACAAUGAGUUGAACCCCAAAAUUUCAGACUUUGGGAUAGCCAAAACUAAGAGAGUAGUUGGGACAUAUGGUUAUAUGUCGUCGGAGUACACGAUCGAUGGGAAAUUUUCGGUUAAAUCAGAUGUGUUUAGCUUGGGGGUGCUUCUGCUAGAGAUUGUGAGUGGGAAAAGGAACAGGGGCUUUAACCAUCCGGAUCAUUACCACAAUCUCUUGGGACAUGCAUGGCUGCUGUGGAACGAUAAGAAGACCAUGGAACUAAUGGAUCGUUGUUCAGAAGAUUCAUGUGUUGAAGAACAAGUGGUUAGGUGCAUUCAGGUAGGCCUGUUAUGUGUUCAGAAACACGUAGAGGACAGACCAACGAUGUCGUGCGUGGUUCGGAUGUUGGAUAACGAAGAAAUCGUGACGUCACUGCCUCGACCGAAGGAGCCUGGCUUCUAUGUAGAAAGAAGCUCCGGUGAUACAAAUCCUGUAGGUUUGAAUACACAACCUUCAACUGAAAAUGCACUCACCUUAAUUCAGGAAGAAGGCUCAUACUAUGCUUCUGCUGUUAAUACCUUAGCUCCAGCUCAAUCACUCAGAAAUGGCAGCACCUUAGUUUCUCCUGGUCAAAUAUUCGAGCUUGGCUUCUUUUCACCUGUUAACUCCAACAAAUAUUACUUGGGAAUAUGGUAUAAAAGGCUUCCUGUCACUGUUGUAUGGGUUGGUAACAGAGAAAACCCAUCGAUUCACGUGCCUUCCUUUGUAUUUCCAGCACUGUUGUUAAAGAUGAGGAUACUGGUGAAGAUACGGAAAGCUACUUGUGGGAAAGUUUUGAUUGUCCAUCUGACACUCAAUUGGAAGGGAUUAAGAUAG